UGCGACCUGCCGUUCCUCCUUUCGGGCUCGCCGCGAAGUCCCCUUCUGGCCAUUGCUAGGGUGGUCCUCCGCCUGUCUUUUCCCCCCACCUCACCCCGGGGGUUGCGGCUCUCGCAGGAGGAGGCUGGAGGGUGGGUUCGCCUGGCGCCCCUGAGAUGGGGCCCGGGGAAGAGCCGUGGCGCUCUGCUGCUGAGCGGAUCCGCGCCCCCUCGCCCAUAUUUUGGCGUUAAAGAUGGCUUUUGUUGACGGUCGUUUUAUCCGAGGGCGCGCGUAUAAAGAUAAUUUAGCUCCGAUGCAGCCGAGCAGGAGACGCAAAAUCGAGUGGGACGGCUUCGCUGGAAGCUCACCUGCGAAAUUCGGCAAGUUCACCGAAGCACCGGCCCAGCCUCCCCGCGGGAGUCCCUGCGGCAGCGGGACGGCCGAGUUUGGGAAGACUCGAGUCUUCUCCCCGGCGUUUUCGUGCAGGGAGUUCUCCCGAACUUCGUUCGCUGCCGAGGAUUCUUCCUCUGAUGAAUUUGAAGUAGACGAUGACAUCAGCGGUGGUGGGCAAGAGCCUCCUGUCCUCAGCAAAACCUUCCUCACAAAGCCCGCUGCUUCCGAUAUGACGACGAAAAAUGUGGCGUUUUCCCCUCGGGAAUCCCUGAAACUGAAGAUCAAGCAAGAAGAUUGCAGUGAUGCAAGAAUAAAUAUUGCAGCAGUCCCUGAAAGAAAAAGUGCUUUAAAAGAAAAGUCGGCUGAAUGUGGCCGGAAAAGAAUAAAAGGCCAAGAUCAGGAUGAGGGACCUCGACUAAUAUAUCGUAAAGCUCUGCUGAGUAUAUUGGGGGGACAGUUGCAAGCCCGAAGAAAACCUCCAUCUCUAAAUGGAAUUCAUAAGGAAAGCCCUUCUAAAGAAGAGGAACUUGGCUCAAUUAACAACCUGAGACAAUUUUCGGUAGUAUCAGAAAUUAAAGAGCAACAAACUGGAAACAAAUCACAUUGCUUGAAAACUGCACCAAAGGAACGUAUUAAUAUUUCUGUUAAGCAAGGCAAUAAAGAAUCAUGUUGGUCAGAUGGCACUUCAAGACAUGUAUCUCUAAUGUCAAGUUCAGAAGAAAAAGAACAAGAAUCCAACAUUCAGAAGGUUUUUUUGAAAUCAGAAAGCUCUGCAGAAUUGCGAUUUGAAAAAAAAAUUGACUUGCGAUUUGAAAAAAAACCAGAACUUCAGCAGGACUCCAACUUCAAAAAAGAUACUACAAAAAAAGAAAAUAAAACUUUGAAGUACAGUACAAAAGAGAUUUCUAAACCAGGAACUGGAUUAACACAAAUUUCUACAGUAUCAAGAUCAGAGCAUGAAACUGAUUUUCAACAGGAUCCCAAUAUUGAGAAAGCUGUUACAAAAACAGAUAGUAAAACUGGGCAUAGUGUUAAAGUUUCCAAACCAAGGCAUGAUUCAAAACAUAGACAUAAACGAUUAAAAUCUGAAUAUGAAUUGGAACUUCAACAGGCUUCCAGCUUUAAGAAGAUUAUUAAAGAAACAGAAGACAAAUGUUCUAAGUAUAGCAUAAGAGAACUUGCCAAACCUUUGGUUAGGUCAAAGCAAAGUCAUCGACUGUCAAGACUUGAGGAUGAACUUGAUAUGCAAGAAGAUUCCAAUGUUGAAAAAGCUACAAAAAGAGAAAAUAAAACUAAGUGUAACACAAGAGAAUUUUCCAAACCAGUGGUUAUUUCCAAGUACGUUCACAUACAAUCAAGUUAUGAAGAUGAAGUAGAACUUUAUCAGGGAUCAGAUGAUUCGCAGGUUUCAGUAAAAGAAAAAAUAGAUGUUGGGCAGAAUAAAACAAAGAAAGAAAAUAGUCGCUCAGAGCACACAUUUAAAAGCAAGUCUAGCUGUUCACAAAUUGGAGAGCAAAAAGAUGAGCAAGUCUCUCCUAAACAGCUAAGCAAAAUCUCUGAUGGUAAUAUUUUUGCUAGCCAAAGUAAAAUAAAAAAAUGGAAAUCAGAAACCCACUUGAGAAGCAUAGUUGGAAAUUCAAAAUGUGAAGCUGAAGAGACCAAGCAGAAAAGUGACAAUCAGAAAGCUCUUAUAAAAGGCAUUAGUGCUUCUGCAAAACAAAAAAACAUAACAAAAGACAAAUGUAUUUCCUCCACUUCAUCUAAUGCACAAAGUGAUGCCACAGAGAAGUUUGUGAAUUUCCAGACAACUGUUACUGUUGAAUCCUCUCAAGAAUCUGUGUUUAUGGAUGAUUCAGAAACAGAUCAAAAGUGUAUGGAGCCCAAGAAAGAGCUUUCAGCUGAAAAUAAUUGGUCUGACACAGAAGAUGGAGAACCACUGGUUACUUUUUCACAAGAAGAUUCCAUCCCUAACCACAGUCUUUCAGAACCGAAGGAAAUGUCAUUGUCAACAACAGAAUUUGUGAUGUAUCCUCCUCAUUUAUACAGUCAGAAAAUGAAUGAUUAUGCAAAAUACUGGACAAGUAGUCCAAAGCCAACACAUUCUUUUUCAAGCCUCACUGAAAACACCUCGUAUUCCAAUAAUCUCUGUGAUAUUUCUUUAGAAAGAUCAGUGAAUACAACGCAGGAUAAAAAACCUUCAGUGGAAAGUAUGCAAGAGAGAGAGUGGUCAUAUGGUUCGUUACUGGACAAUAAAGAGAAAAAAAGACGCCACAGUAUGGAAAUAGGAGCAUAUGUUCCCAUCUUCUCCUCAUCACGCAAGUCGGACUCUUUCACGAGUAAUUGUGUAAACCAGAAUUUUCCUAGGAGCUUGCCCAAAUAUUUAGAAGAAGGAUUUAUUGACACUCACUGUCAUUUGGACAUGUUAUAUUCAAAAACAGGUUUCAGAGGCACUUUUUCUGAAUUUAGGAAAAUGUAUAGUAGCACUUUUCCUAAAGAAUUUCAGGGCUGUAUAGCUGAUUUUUGUGAUCCUCGUACUUUAAAAAACAACUUGUGGGAAGAUUUAUUAAAAGAAGACAUGGUCUGGGGGGCAUUUGGCUGCCAUCCGCACUUUGCUCGUUAUUACACAGAACUUCAUGAAAGAAAUCUCCUGCAGGCAAUGAGACACCCCAAAGCGAUUGCCUUUGGCGAAAUAGGACUGGAUUACUCUCACAAAUGUAGUACAGACAUUUCAAAGCAGCAUAAGGUUUUUGAGAGGCAACUGAAUCUAGCUGUUUCCUUAAAGAAGCCAUUGGUUAUACACUGCAGAGAUGCUGAUGGUGAUCUGUUAGAAAUCAUGAAAAAAUGUGUACCAAAAGACUACAAAAUACACAGGCAUUGCUUCACUGGCAGGUAUAGUGUCAUUGAACCACUUUUAGACUACUUUCCAAAUCUAACUGUUGGAUUCACCGCGUUGCUGUCUUACCCAUCAGCAAAUGAGGCUAGAGAAUCUGUUCGAAAAAUUCCAUUAAAUAGAAUAGUGGUAGAAACAGAUGCACCUUAUUUCCUUCCUCGGCAGGUGCCAAAAAGUGUUAGCCGGUUUUCUCAUCCUGGUGUAGCUCUGCACACAGUGAAAGAGAUUGCCUGUCUCAAAGAGGUGUCAUUACCUGUCAUGUUAGCUGUUCUAAGACGAAACACCAACAAAAUUUAUAACUUGUAAGAAGGUGCAAAGAGAAGAGGGAAGAACUGAAGAGGAAAUGCUUUUGUAAAGUUGAUUUGAUCCUUUUAAAUUUAUUUUGUAAUGUAAAUAUAGAUCUGGAUUUAGAAUAUCCUUUAAUAUCUUUUUUUAAUUCCUUCAAUUCUGUUACAUGUUCCUGCUCUUUAAUGUGCCUCGGUGUUGAUUUUAAUUUGAAGAGUUUUGAUUUUUUAGUUGUUAAUCCUUUGGGGCACAAACUGUCAGUAUUUUAAUUUUUCAAAAAGAAAACAGAAACAAACCUAAAGUGCUCUUAAAAUUAUCAAGCUAAAUUUAAGUAUUUCUUCUGAGCAGCAAAUCACCUAACUCAGGGGUCUGCAAUCCUAAACACUCAGAGCCAUUUGGACCAAUUUCCCACAGAAAAUAAAACACCGGGAGCCACAAAACCUGGGCGGGUGUGGCCAACUUGACAUCACUCACUCCCACCCAAUCACAUGACCCCCCCCACCCAGCCACAACUACCCAGCCAGGUUUUGUGGUUCCUGGUGUUUUAUUUUCUAUGGGAAACCAGUAUCUCUCUCUCUUUUCUCCCUCUCAUCUCUCUCUCUCUCUCCCUCCCUCAUCUCUCUUUCUCCCUCUCAUCUUUCUCUCUCUCCUCAUUCUUCGUCCCUCUCUCAUCCUCUCUUUCCCUCUAGCUCUCUCAUUUCUCUCUUCCUCUCUCUCUCCCCGUUCUCUUUCUCAAUUGUUUCUCUUUUUCCUCUUUCUCUUCCUCCCUCCCUCCCUCCCUUCUCUUUCUCUCCAGCCUUCCUUCAUGCCUUCUUUCCACCCUCCUUCCCUUCCAUCCUUCCUUCCUUUCUUUGUUAAAUAAAUAAAUACUGCUUCCUGAGUUCUACUAGUUGUAGAACAGGAACCAGAUAAUACCAACUCUGUCAGAUCUCAAACAAUGGGCAGAAUUCAUAGAGAGAGGUGAUCCUCUUUGCCCCUCACCUCCGCUUGUGGCUGCUCUGCUUCUCUUUUUCUCCCCUUUUUUCUCUCUCAUCUCUCCCUCUCUCACGUGUGUGCCCAAGCGGAAUAUCUUCCUGGGCCGGGAUCACGGCGGUAGCGGGGAUGGCGACUCCUCCCGCUGCUGCCACUGCGCAGUGAGGUGAGUAGCGUGCAGUGCAGUGGGCAGCCCGCGCUACGCAGGGGGGGAGCCAGAGUUCUUACCUCCUUGAAUCUGGCAGUGGCAGCUGCUCCUCCCCUUCCCCUCCUUCCUGAGCUGGCACAAAGGGGACCGCAGCUGGUGCUGAGCUGCCCGUGAAGGACAUGGAAUCACAAUAAGCUGGUUGCGGGCAGUGUGGAGAAAAUGCUAGGAGUGCUUCAGCCACAUGGCUCUGUGGAGAGGCUUGCGCCUUCUCGGGGCAGAGAGCAUGUCGCACGACCGGGUCAGCAGGGAGCUGCAGGAGAGGGGUCAAAGAGCCGUAUGCGGCUCUGGGGCCAUGGGUUGUCAACACCCGACCUAACUGCUGCAAUAAAAACAUUACCCAUUUAUCUAACACACAUGUAAAAAUAAUCUCAAAGAUGUAAUGAAAUGUAUUUCCUGUUUCUGAUCAAUUUUUUUCAACAUACUAACCCAUUCACUCUUCACAGAAAAAAAGUAAAUGAUAAAUCAUUUUUUAAAGAGACACAAAUAUUGUUUACUGAAAGUUACAGAAAUUCCCUAGCUGCAUUAUGCUGAAGUGAAAAAUACCUGCAUGCAUGCAGGUUAAUGAAACAAAGUUAAGGGAGUAAAAUAGGGUAUCAAGAGUAUUCAUGAAAGACUAAUUGACUUUUAAUUUCUAUUUGAAUUUGUUCAUUUUUAAUUUCUUCAGAGUUCUUAAUUAGGGAAGUGAUUAUAUGAUUCUAUAAUUUUAUGCAUUACUUUGAUUUUAAACAAUUUAUUUGUCAAUAAAUUAUUUUUGUAUCAGUGUUCUUACAAUUAAUCAUCUCCGCAAAGCAGAAAUUAAUCUUGUAGUCAAUAACAAUGAAAAGAAACAUUCCUUUGUCUUCAAAGCAGCUGUGUGUUUUAUCUUUAAAAUUUAUUUCUGUAGAUACUUUUGGUCAUAUUAUUAAAUAUGUUUCACAGUGUUUGUAAAAGUAGAUUUUUAAAUAGUUUUUUUUCUCCUUUUGCAUGUAUGUUCAAGGUGUACACAUUAAGAAGGAAUGACUAUGAUACUAUCAUAUUUAGCAAAUAUGCUAAAGGAAUGCAACAAGAUUAAGAACAAAAAUGUAUUUUCCUACAAGGUCAUACUUACCUCUUUGAUUUUGGAAUUUUGUAAUAAACUAAUACGUUUUCCUUUUUGGCUCCAAA